CAGCAGCUGUAGACAGUUAUGCUGCCCCCUGUAGUUUUGGAGCUGCUUCUGAAUUCUAAAGCAUUUGAAUGUUUAUUUAUUGAUACUAAAACUGAAGCAAAAGAGGUUUUUUUUCCCCACAAGUCAAGUUUCGUUAAUGUGACCAUUGAUAUAUAUUAAAAUGUAAAAUGGUUGCAAGGAAACAAUUGUGCAAACGAUGAAAAUAGAAAUGGGGAAAAAAAAGGUGAAAAUAAAGAAAUGAAACUCAAACGCUGGAAUGAGUUUGUGACUGAUGACCACAGGUUGCCAGUAAAUGCAAAGUGCAGUCACUGAGUCCGAUUACAGGAAGUCUGCCACAACAACAUGCCUGUGCUGUUGUUCACACCUGUGUGUGACUUUGUGCUGACAUGUACGGCUCAGAAACAGUUUGAGCUUGUGUGUGUUUACAUCAACUAAAAACAACCUUGAGUUUUCCUCUUCACUCCGGAGUUUGGUGCCAUGUUUCACUGCCAUUUGUUACGUUCCAGGGAUGAGUUGGAGGGUGUGCGGUGUGCGAGGCUGCGACGGCUGCUCCGGAGCACGUGUCCAUCAAGCCUGGCUUCCCCUCGGACGCGGCUGAGGCAGGGCUGAAACGGGGUUAUGUGCUGGACUCUUUCUUGGCCGGGUGCAGUGACUUCCUGGAGUCUUCCUGGAGCUAAGCUAACCAGCUUUCUUAGCAAGAAAAGGAUGAAGAAGAAGAAGACAGAUGUCAUGAGCGAUGCAAAUGUAGGAUUAGAGUCACAUCUGUCAGUCAGUUAUUAUUAGAGUGCUUAUACGUACUAUGUGCCCUCACCACAUAGUUCCACACAGCCAUUUGAAUGCCUUUGAAUGCACGUGGGCCCUUCAGCAAGGAGGAAUCAAACCUAAAAGAUUCUCAUUAUAUAAUGCAGCAUGUGUCUGCAGGCAGGCUGCAGAGCAGAGAGGCUGUCAGAGGCUACAACUCGCACCUCAUACGGCAGCCGAGAAAAAAGAGGGGGAAGGAAGGAACGCGGAGCAGGAUGAGGAUGAUGAGCUCUCUGAGUUUUGCCAGUGACUCUUUGUUCGCAUCCCAAAGAUCAGCAAGUGGUUUCAGACCAGCACGAGCUCUGAGAGGAGGACUAAGUCCAGAGAGACACAUGGAUGAACAAAGUAGGCACAGUAUUUCCAGCAAAGCCUUCGAGGAAUUCCACCAAGCCUGGCACUGACAACAGAGCUGUAAACCUAAACGGACCACACAGUAAACAAGAGCACUCUGGAAGUCGACCCGAAGCGGAAUUGCCAUUGAUCCCACCAAACAAUUCCACUUCCCCUCCCGUUGCCGGAGAAUGCUUCCCAGCAAAAAAUAGAGCACCAGGGAUGUAAGAAGAAAGGGGGAGGAAGAGGAGGAGGAGAUGGAGGAGGAGAGACAGAAGGGAGGGCCGCGGGGGGAAACACACUCUCGUGAUGCCCCUGCUUUUCUUCGCGUGCCCCCUGUGUGGAUGAACAGUUUGGCACUGGGACGACACAAAGCUCAGACGGAGUCCUCAGGAGCCAGAUCCUGUUGAUGCUCGCGAGAAGAAGAAGACUGAGGCAGCUCAUCUUUGCAUCUUCACCUGACAACUGCCCACUGAGUUAAAGGAAGAACUACAUCACAAGGGGGCAGAUAGAGGAGCCUCUAAUUGACCUGAAACAACCAAGUAUCCAACAGCAGACAAAGGAGUGACUUUUCACCUCUAGAGCUUUCCACCUUUUCCCUCCUCCCUCUCCACUCUUUGUGUCAGCAGCGAUGGGGGACUGGAGUCUCCUGGGGAAUUUCCUAGAGGAGGUCCAGGAACACUCCACCUCGGUCGGGAAGGUCUGGCUCACCGUCCUCUUCAUCUUCCGCAUCCUGGUGCUGGGCACGGCGGCCGAGUCGUCCUGGGGCGACGAGCAGAGCGACUUCCUUUGCGACACCCAGCAGCCCGGUUGCACCAACGUGUGCUACGACAGCGCCUUCCCCAUCGCCCACAUCCGCUACUGGGUGCUGCAGAUAGUCUUCGUGUCCACGCCGUCCCUCAUCUACAUGGGCCACGCCAUGCACACGGUGCGCAGGGAAGAGAAGCAGAAGAGGAGGGAGCAGGAGGAGAGGGAGGCCAGAGGGGAGGCCGAAAGAGACCUGGAGGGGGAGAAGGAGUACCUUCAGCAGAAGGAGAGCGUAAAAGUGAUGAAUUCUGAUGGGACUGGCCGUGUUCGCCUGAAAGGAGCGCUGCUUCAGACUUACAUGCUGAGUAUCGUGAUCCGCACAGUGAUGGAGGUGACCUUCAUUGUGGUGCAGUACCUGAUCUACGGGGUCUUCCUGAAGGCGUUAUACCUGUGCAAGGCCUGGCCAUGCCCCAACCCCGUCAACUGCUACAUGUCCCGACCCACGGAGAAGAACGUCUUCAUCAUCUUCAUGCUGGUGGUGGCUGGCGUGUCUCUGCUGCUCUCCGUGUUGGAGCUCUACCACCUCGGCUGGAAGAGCAUCAAGAGGUGCAUGCGAAAGAAGGCGAUACAGAGGAACAACGACAGAGCUGUGAAGGUGGCCGUGUCUGCCGCACUGGAGCCCAACAGCCCCACUCGCCCCUCGGCCUCCUGCACCCCACCCCCUGACUUCAGCCAGUGCCUGGCAGCCCCGAGCUCCAUGAACCCCAUGACCUCCAUGGCCUCGCAUCCCUUCAACAACAGGAUGGCACUGCAGCAGAACUCGGUCAACUUGGCCACCGAGCGGCACCACAGCUGCGACAACCUGGAGGACGAGGAAGACUUCCUGAGGAUGAGAUACGAGCAACCGCCCACAGAGCUGCCCAACAGCUGCGCCCCGUCCCCGCUGCUGCACUCUGGCUACAUGAAGGACAAACGCCGGCUGAGCAAGACCAGCGGGAGCAGCAGCCGGGCUCGCCAAGACGACCUGUCAGUUUAGACUCAGAACCAUUGGGGGAGGAGGGAAGGGACUGGACCUUCAGAGCCAAAGAGAAAGAGAUCCAAAGAUCGGCUUAGGAAGAGACAAAAAGUGAAAUUUCCGGCAUUGUAGCCUGACACUUGACUGUAGGGGAUGGACUAAAUGUUCACUUUAGAAAGAGACACUGAGAUCUGAGAUAGUGGACCAUGUAAACUUGACAUGUGUGAGAGUCCAGGGCUUGAAAAGCUGACAACAAAACUGCAAAAGAAAAAUAAUUAAAUAUAAUAAAAACAGGGUAACGGGUGUGACACCUGAAUAUUGCACAGUUUAUGUUCUUGUUAAACAGAACCAAAAAUUAAGAGUGAUAAAGAGGCUUUAAGGUGAGAAUGAGAUGAUGCUUGGUGUGAGAAAACUUAAGGGAAUCAGUUUAUUACAAGACAAAAUACUCCACUAUUCACUUUUAGAUAGUACAACCAACAGUUUCUUUCUCCCACUGUAAAAAAUAAGAUUCAUUAAAGGCGACAUAUUUUGCUCAUUUUCAAGUUCAUUAUUUUGGGAGGGGUUACUACUAGAAAAGGUUUAAAUGCUUUAAUGGUUUCUGUAACUCAGUAUUCCUCCUCUGUCUGAAACGCUCCUGUCUCUUUAGGGUCCUCCUGUCCUGAAUACCCAGUCUCCUCUGAUUGGUCAGCUUGCACACGCCUGAGCCAGCACCACUAACAACAACAACAACAACAACAGAGCAGCUGUGCUAAAUCAGUUCAUACAUGCCAACCCAUGCAUGAAAUAUGUGAAAGUUUGACAUAUUAAGACAGGGCUGCUGAUGAGGCGUUUCAGGAGCAGUGUUUUAUGUGGGAGAGAGGAGCGUCUGUUGGUGCGGACUUUGGGCUUUUUAACUUUCAAGAUCUUCUACACAGAUAAUAACAUAAAUAAGUAAUAUAAAAUACACUGAAGCAUUUGCCUCCUGCAGGAACUUUAAUAUGCAAUAAAACUGUGAAGCUUGCCAGUAUAUGAAUUGGAUUUUUUUCCUGUGGAGCACACUUUCGGUUUAUAAAGGUAAAGUGCCUUAACAAGAGUGAAAAUGUCUUCCCACAUAACAUGUUUCUAUUCAUAUUUUUUCCAGAAGUCAUUGCCAAAGACUGUCAAUUUAAAGUGAGCCAUAUGUCAAUUUGUUAGUCUGAUUGCACUUCACCAAAAGGUCACCAUGCUUCUUGUAAAUCAAGAACAAUCUACUUUGGAAUCUAAGAGUGAGAGUGAACUGUAUUCAUUAGUUAUGUAUCUGAAUUGAGCCUUUGUGUGCAGAAGUGAUGAGAGAAUGUAGCCUGAUUUUUAGGAUUUUCCUUGUGAAGGGAUACAAGACUGCUUAGAUGCUGUUAUGAGGAGAUCCGGCCACUGGGUGGCAGCAUUGCACUUAACGUUUCUCAGUUUCUCUCCUGGAGCCAUUGUGUAAAAUACUGAAUUUGUCCCUAUGCAAUAUGCGUUUCAGUAGAUGUCUUUGAAUGUAUUUUGUUUCAUUUCCAGUGUCUUUUUCUUACUGUAUGCAGAAUAAUUUUACAGAUUGUACGUGAUAGCCGUUUUUUUGAAGUCUAAUCCCACAUAUUACCCACAGCAAACGUUCAGCCUGCUGCUCAGUCACUGCAGCUUCUGGUUCAUUCACACAGACCUUUAUGCAAUAAAUGUCAUCACUAACCCAUCACGAAUCAAUAAAUCAUCAACUGUACAAUCUG